AUGGAAUCAGCAAACGGAGUACAAUACACAAAAGAUAAAGAUCGAAAGGGACGAAGACGCGUGAAUGAUGUGCAUCAAUUAUCCCGAAUGCCAGGCCACUGUCCUGUGAGCAAAUGCUCUGAUAUCAUAUUUCCAUCCAAUAUAAUGAUGCACAUGCUGCACAAGCACACAAAUAGUGCUAAAUGCACGACCUCAGAGAUAUUUGAUCAUCGGCCGUUGCUGCUGUGCUUUGAUCCAACUGGCUUAGAAUACGGCGAUAAUUGCUGCGUAGCGUGUCUCAUGUAUGGAGGUAUGAAAGGAAAGAUGUACACGCGACCGGCUGUCGACAAUCUGAGCUUGCCGAAUUCGGGUCUGCUAAACAGUUAUCAUAAGUACGACGAUUACUUGCCUGUAAUGAUGAUGGUCUGUCGAAGUAGCUGGUUUGCUCAAAUGAAGGACAAACAGGUGGAACGCGAAAUGGUCUUGACAAAUGAAGGCAAGGCCGACAUCUAUGUGCUGUGGCUGGUGGCACCUGUCACCACUCGCAAGGUGUAUUACACACUAACCGUCUACGAUCGUCACUAUAUUAGUUCACGUAGUUCGAUUCGCACGGUGCGCGACUACACCAGCUUUCAGAAUCCCAGCGACUUUUUACCCAACGAUGAGAACUAUAUAUUAUUACGUCAAUCUGAGGUUCUCGAGCUGAUGUGCAUCAGCAAAACGGUUUUGAGCAAAAGCGGAAAGAAGCUGCCACCCGGCAUACCAAUGGAACUGAUUAUCUAUCAAGCUCCACUCAAGCCCAGUGGCAUUCGCAGCAGCGAAACAGAGCUGCACGAGGCACUGAAAGAGGCGCAAAAGAUAUACUCCAAGUACAUAAUGCCACGCACCAAAGGGCCUGUCAAACGCAAAGUAUCGGGCAAAUUGUCGCUUACCAGAAGACCGUGUUCGAAGACAAGAGGUCUAUUUCAGCACACCUCAAAUUAA